CACCUGUUCACCACUCAGGAUCCAGAACCUGACCCUGAAGGAUCCGGCUGCUUAAGCAUAGCUGGGGCUGAAGUCCCUUAUGGCCUUGCUACUGGAGGCUAGAAUUCUGAUGGACAAUUUGGACUUGGUUUAUUCUGCAAUACAGUGGAUACAGUUUGUUAUGGCUACUCUGAGUGUUAUAGGUUCUAGUUCACUUAUAGCCUAUGCUGUAUUCCAGAAUGUACAGAAAUCCCCAGAGAUAAGGCCACUCUUUUAUCUGAGCUUCUCUGACCUCCUUCUCGGGAUAUGCUGGCUCAUUGAAGCACUUCUCUAUGGAACUUCAGCAGCUGAUAAGGACAUUGUCUGCUAUAACCUGCAAGCAGUGGGACAGAUAUUCUACAUUUCCUCAUUUCUCUACACCGUCAAUUACAUUUGGUAUCUGUACAGAGAGCUGAGGAUGAAACACGUCCAGAGUGGACAGAGCACAUUUUUCCUGUUUAUAGGUAAUACUUGUCAAGUUGGUCGGAUAGCCAUCAUUUUGUCAAGCCUGAUACCUCUACUAUUGAUGAUACCUGUAUUCUGUUUGGGCAAUGUCAGUGAAUGUUUUCGCAACUUUAGCCAGAGCCACAGGUGUAUCCUGAUGCACUCACCACCAUCAGCCAUGGCUGAACUCCUGCCUUCUGCCAACACAUCAGUCUGUGGCACACUUUAUUUUUAUGGGCUCACCAUUUUCCUGGGCAGCUUUCUACUCAGCCUCUUCAUCAUCAUGGUCUUACUCAUCCAAGCCCAGACACUGUAUAAGAAGUUUGUGAAAUCAACUGGCUUUCUGGGAAGUGAACAGUGGGCAGUGAUUCACACUGUGGAGCAGCGAGUGCGCUUCUACCCAGUGGCCUUCUUUUGCUGCUGGGGCCCAGCUGUCAUUCUGGUCAUCACAAAGCUGAUCAAACCACAGGACACCAAACUUCACAUGGCCCUCUAUGUUCUCCAGGCUCUAACAGCAUCAUCCCAGGGUCUGCUCAACUGUGGCGUAUAUGGAUGGACGCAGUACAAGUUCUUUCAACUAAAACAAGAGGCUCGGCGUGAUGCAGAUACCCAGACACCAUUAUUAUGUUCACAGAAGAGAUUCUAUAGCAGGGGCCUAGAUCCACUGGAGUCUACCCUUGCUUUUGCUACCAACACUUCCCCCAUUCUUUGAAACUAUAAUACCUGAAUACAAGAACUGGAGUUACUCCACGCCAAGGGGAUUGGGAAGAGUGUUGUGGAACAUCUGAAGCCUUUUCUAACCCUGCCUUAAACUAUGGCAGUGAAAGGGAAUAUAGUGCCAUGGUUAGCAGCCAUUUUAGGCAAAUUGGGCAGGAUCUCUUCAUUAUUUUCAGAUUCACUAAUGAUUCUUAAAGCCUUUGUUCAGGAAGGUGAAGCCAUUUUCCAUCUAAGAGAUGGACUCAUAUUACCUCAAUGAAUAUUAGAUUUAUCUAAGUCUUUUCUAGAAAAAAUCGAUUCUAGUUUAUUAUUUAAACAUACCACUUCCAGGCUCUCUACUGUAUGGUUGCAGGUGAAGUACGGUGGCAUGCAACAAUUUUCUCAGAUCUCAUCAUUGCUAUGCUGUCUCUGAAGUUGGACAAAGAAAGUUCUGGAUUUCUAUCCUUUGAAUUGGUUUGGAAGCUCAGAAAAGCAAGGACAACAACUGUCAAAAAAAUGACGGUGGAACCCUCAGAUAUACCACAUUCUAGACUCAUAUAUUCAGUGAUGUCCUAGGUCUUGACAAUAGGGACCAUCCUACUCUAGAAAGUGAGGGCCAGUCUUUUGAAGGGGAUAACAGAUUUAAGAGAAAUCCUGACUAAAGGAAGUUCUAGGAAUCAAGAACUCUAAACUGUCAUUUACAAGCAGAAGGCCUAAGUAGGUUUAAUAGUGCCUGGACAUUGAAUUAGGUUAAACCAUAUGAACUUGCCAUUUUUGUUAGUGAAAACAUUCUAAUAUCAAUUUUACAUUGUUCACCCUAACAGUGCUAAAUAUGUUUGUAGAAUAAAUGAAUAAACAAGUGAAUGAAUGACUAAUGAGUGGAAUUAGAACCUUUUGGGGAAAGAAAAGAUUCCUAGACUACAGAGCCUCACUUAUGGGUAGGAAUAUCUAAUCUAUUUCUCACUCUUUAACUGCUUAACAAGUGAUGUUUGGUCUCCCCAGUUAAGUUAUAAAGAAGUCCAGUCUGAGGCCAGAACAGCAGAGAUACUAUGAUGCCAAAACACCUAGGGAGCUACUUUAACUUCUUUAUUUUAUUUUAUAUUUUUUAUUGUUGUUCAAGAACAGUUGCCUCCAUUUUCACCCCACCACAUCCCCUGCCCCACCCAUCUUUACCUCCCACCCUCAAACCUACCCCCUUUGGCUUUGUCCAUCUGUUUUUUAUACAUGUUCCUCGAUGGCCCUUCCCCUAUUUUUUCCCCAUUAUCUCUCCCCCCUCUCUGGUUACUGUCAAUUUGUUCCUUAAUUCAUUGUCUCUGGUUAUAUUUUGCUUGCUUAUUUGUUUUGUUGAUUAGGUUCUACUUAUAGGUGAAAUCAUAUGGUAUUUGUCUUUCACUGCCUGGCUUAUUUUACUUAGCAUGAUGCUCUCCAGUUCCAUCCAUGCUGUCAGAAAGUGUAGGAGCUCCUUCUUUCUUUCUGCUGCGUGAUAUUCCAUUGUAUAAGUGUACCAUAAUUUUUUGAUCCACUUAUUUACUGGUAGACACUUAGGUUGCUUCUCGGCACUUGACUAUUUGUAAAUUGUGCUUCUAUGAACAUUGGGAUACAUAGGUUCUUUUGAAUUGGUGUUUCAGGAUUCUUAGGGUAACUUCUUUUAAUUUGAAAGCUAACAAGCAUGGCAUGUAGAAAGACAAAUGGAAGCAAGAGAGAAUUCCCAUCUCCGAAGACCAUGAAGGACACUAGAACUAAGGAGUCUAGUUCUGAAAAUGACUUUUUAGUAUUACUUCACUUUUGGUUUCAUUACCAGAAAGAAGGUAAUUACCAAAUAUUUGUCAAGUUUGUUCAUCUUGCUUUUAUGUUGAAUUUUUUGCAUUGAUACUGGUCUUAGAUCUUCUGUGGAUGUAGGCAAAUGAAAAUAUAGUAGGAAUGAGACAUAAUAAAAGGUUAAAUAAGACCUGGAUUAGGAUGAUCAAUAUUUCAUCAUUCUGAGUCAGAGGGGACACAUGAAGUCAGGCCACUAUUUACACUGUUCUCCAUAACCCUUGAAUUCACAUGGAGGAGGAGCAUAGACUUAGAAUAGACAUGGUGGCAGUUCUAAUUGUUGCAAACACCCCUCCCAUGACACUAGUUCAGGUUGCAGUCAUAGUGAGGUAUAGGAGUAUCUUAGCAGGUAAGAAAAUAUACAGAUCUUCUGUGGAUCACAUGGGAUAGAUAUCAUCCCUCAACUUUUCAUUAGCCCUAUCUGUGGUUUAAAAAAACACAGCACCUCAACACCAUGUGGCCUGCAUGGGGAACUGGGUGUUUUUCAAUGUGCGGGAGCCUUUGGUUGUUUUCACUUGGUAGCUUCCUACAUUUUAUAUCUUUUGGUCUUACACUUGCUGAAGAACUUAAAAAUCCCUUUAUAUUCACUGUCACAGUGUUCACACCUGUUUCUCUUGGUAUUCAUGUAAUGACAGUAACUUUCCCAGGCAAUCUUUGUGCCCUUUCCAAAGAUUUUAAUGCAUUGAUUCUUUAGGCUUUGCCACUGGUUCUGGUAACAAUAACUUGUUAUUUACUAUGGGCGCCAUAUUGAUUAUAGGUAAUGAAGGCGUGUACCAUUACAGUGUUCUUGGAGGUCACACUUAUCUACACUGAAGGGGCAAGGUGUAGUUGCCUUAAGAAAUCUGCUGUUUUUGCAGCAGAAUCCAAAUGCAGAACACAAACCCUUCAGCUGUCGUGAGAACAGACCACACUGAUCCUUUGGACAAUCAAGGACACUGCCAUAAUCAUAUUCUUCUUCAUCCACCCUCUCCUUCCCACUCUAUGACUUUCUAAAGGAGCUUUGGAGCUAAGGUUUAUGAAACAGGCAUUCCCUUCUCGAAAGUGGAAGCUGUAGCUACUGAAUCCCUUGUCUACAGUAGUAAGUUCAUGUAUAGUACAGAGGUCUGACCAUAGCAUUUGCAGGCCACAUGGUCAUGCUUCAUUCUCAAGUUAUGGUCAAGCUCAUGAGCCAUGAGAGCUGCAGAAUGCAGUAUAUCUUCAUGAAGAAAGUGUCAAGAUUGGUUGCAAUCUUAGCAGUGCAGAUACUACUGAGGAAAUGCAUGGCCCUGGUACUUUUCAAGACUUUGGCCAAUAAUCAUAUGAGCAGCAUUAUGCUUUACCCUUCUCAAAAGAUGUGAGUCUCCCCCAUAGUAAAAAUUUUUUGAAGUAUUGCCUACAUAGGAAAAUGUAGAGAGAUUUUCACUAGGUUUUUCUCUGUCUACUUUCACAUUUAGCUCUUUCGUGUACCUGUUGACCGAAGCAUAGGCAUCUAUUAUAAUCAUGUUGUCUUGGUAACACUAUUAUUUGGAAUCACUUAUUGUCAACAACAAUAAACAUUUCUGCAUACUUGGGAAGUGUCCACACUGAAGAGAGUUUUAUUCUGCUCUGAAUUGGUAAAAUGGUUAAGAGCUCAUCCUGUUAAUCUCCACUGACUGCACAUGACUCACCUGAUUUUAAAGAUAGGCUAUAAAUCGUAUGCUCAAAAUUCUUUGAAGUAUAGGCUUGAUGGGAAAGAGUGCCAUGUAAGGUCAGGACUCUUUUUAGCCCUGAGUGCUGAUAGUCACAAGAAAAUCCAGAUCACCUGCUGAAUACCCAGUCAUCCUAAAUAAAAGAUCUGUCCAAGCCCAUUUUUCCAUUAUGAAGUAUAUAAACAGGGAAGUUGACAAAUAAUCCUUUCUUUUGCUUCAGAUUAAUAAUAUUUUCCUUGUAUGGAGGCCAUGUUUUCUGUUUUUACUUUCAGUUCUCUGAACAUUUUUAGGUUCCUAGGGAUGACUAUCUUAAUAAUAAAGAUAUUCCCAGUUAUAGUGCAUCCCUUGAAAUAUAGUGACUACCAGCAGUAAGAUGAUAUACAGAUUUGUAUGGGAAGGGCCCAUUCUCAAGCAUCCCAUCUGGGGAGUCCUGGGAAAAAAAUCACUUCAAAUCUUACCCUAGACCAUUUUAUUUCAUAGGAGAAAUCCAUCAACUGGAUUUCAAAAUAAAAAUUCCUGCUUUAUAUCCUGGCUGGCGUAGCUCAGUGGAUUGAGCGCGGGCCUGCAAACCAGAGUAUCGCGGUUCGAUUCCCAGUCAGGGCACAUGUCUGGGUUGCAGGCCAGUUCCCAGCAGGGGAUGCAUGAGAGGCAACCACACACUGAUGUUUCUCUCCCACUCUUUCUCCUUCCCUUCCCCUCUCUUGAAAAAUAACUAAAUAAAAAAUAUUUAAAAAAGAAAAACUUAAAAAAAAAUUCCUGCUUUGUGAAUGACUUUGUUAGGAUGAAAAGACAAGCUGAAGAUGGAGAGAAAAUAUUUGUACACCAUUUAUCUGAUAAAAGAUUCAUAUUUAGAAUAUAUAAAGAACUCUCACUACUCAACAAUAUCAAAGCAAAUGAUCCAAUUAGAAAAUAGGCAAAAGACAUAAGGCAGUUCACUGAAGAGGAUAUAGCUGGCAAAUAAGCACAUGAAAAGAUGUUCAACAUUAGCAGAUAUUAGAAAAAUGCAAAUUAAGACACCACGAGAUUCUCAGAGUCCCUCAUGCCAGAGCAAACUGUGGCCCUGAAACAUUGCCUGGCCCUGCCCAUAGACUACAGGCAGAGGGACUACAACCUUCUUCAGUAAGAAGGUUGCACAGUUAAAGGAGUAAAAAAAGACUCCAUGAGAGAUCACUACAGACCAGUACAACAGCUGAAACUGAAAAUAUAGAGGUGAUGAUACAGAGAAACUGGAUCUUUCAUACAUUGGUUAAGAGAAUGUAAAAUUUAUAUAGCAACCCUGGAAAACAAGCAGUUUCUCCAAAAACUAAACAAAUAUCACAAGACUCAGCAGUUACACUUAUGGAUAGUUAUCCCAGAGAAAUCAAAAUUUAUGUCUACCUAAAAAUAUGUACAUAAAUAUCAGAAAGAGAAAUUAAGAAAACAAUUCCAUUUUUGAUUGCAUUAAAAGGAAUAAAAUAUCUAGGAAUAAAAUUAACCAAGGAGGUAAAAGACCUGUGCACUGAAAACUAUAAGACAUUAUAGAAAUAAAUUGAAGAAGACCCAAGUAAAUGAUAUUUCAUACUCAUGGUUUGGAAGAAUUAAUAUUGUUAAAAUGGUCAUAAUACCCUAACAAUCUGUAGAUUUAAUGUAAACUGUAUCAAAAUUCUAAUGGCAUUUUCACAGAAAUAACAACAAACAAUCCUGAAAUAUAUGUGGAAGCUCAAAAGACCCCAGGCAGCCAAAGGAACCUCAAGAAAGAACAAAGCUGGAAGCAUCAUUUUCUGGUUUCCAACUAUAUUACAAGGCCAUAUAAUCAAAGUGGUAUGGUAUUCGCAUAAAAACAGACGCAUAGGUCAAUGGAACAGGACAGAGAACCCAGAAAUAAAAUAAACCCACACAUAUAUGAACAAUUAAUUCACAACAAAAGAUUCAAGAAUAUACAAUAGAGGAAGGACAGUCUCUUCAAUAAAUAGUGUUGGGAAAAUUGGACAGCUACAUGCAAAAGAAUGACAUGGGACCACUAUCCUAUACCAUACACAAAAUUAACUCACAACAAAUUAAAGACUUUUAUGUAAGACCAUAAAACCUUUAGAGGAACAUAUAGGUGGUAAGCUCCUUGACAUCAGUCUUAGGAUAUAUUUUUUGGAUUUGACACCAAAGACAAAGGCAACAAAAGCAAAAAUAAAUAAGUAUAACUAUAUCAAACUAAAAAGCAAAAGAAACCAUCAACACAAUGGAAAGGCAACCUAUGAGUAGGAGAAAAUAUUUGCCAAUCAUAUGUCUGAAAAAGGGGUUAAUGUCUAAAAUAUAUGAAGAACUCAUACAAUGCAAAAGCACAGAAAAUUUCUAAAUAAAAAAUGGGCAGUGGCUCUGGAUAGACAUUUUCCCAGAGAAGACAUACAUGGCCAAGAGGUACAUGAAAAGGUGCUCAACACCACUAACCAUCAGAGAAAUGCAAAUGAAAAUGAUAAUGAGAUGUCACCUCAUACCUGUUAGAAUGGCUGUUGUCAAAAAGACAAGAAAUAACAAGUGUUGUUAAGGAUGUGUGGGGAAAAGGAAACUCUUGUGCACUGUUGGUGGGAAUAUAGAUCAGUAUAGCUACUAUGGAAAACAGUAUGGAAGUUCCUCAAAAAAUUAAAAACAGAAUUACCAUGUGAUCCAGCAAUUCUACUUCAGGGUAUUUACCCAAAGGAAACAAAAACACUAACUUGAUAAGACAUCUGCACCCCCAGGUUCAUUGCAGCAUCAUUUACAAUAACCAAGACAUGGAAGUAAUGUAGGUGUCCAUCAAUAUAUGAGUGGAUAAGAAAACAUGAUAGAUACCAAUGUAUAUACAAUGGACUACAUAUACUAUACAUACACACAUAUGUAUAUACAUCUAUGCAUGCAAUGGACCAUCUUUAGCCACAAAUAAAGGAAAUCUUGCCAUUUGCCACUAUAUGAGUGAACCUUAAGGGCAUUGUUCUAAGUAAAAUAAGUCACAUGGAAAAAGACAAGUACCAUAUGAUCUCACUUGUGCAUAGAAUCUAAAACAAACAAAAAAUGAACUCACAGGAGAACAAACUAGGGGUUGCCAGAGUUGGGGGAAAUGGGUGAAUGUAGUCAAAAGGUACAAACUUCCAGUUAUAAAAUACAUAAGUCCUGGGGAUAUAAUGUACAGCAUGGUGACAAUGGUUAAUAAUAUUGUACAUUUGAAAGUUGCUAAGAGAAAAGAUUUUAAAAGCUCUCAUCAUAAGAUAAAAAUUUUAACUGUGUGGUGAUGGAUGUUAACUAAACUUACUGUGGUCAUUCACAAAAUAUACAAAUAUAAAUCAUUAUGUCAUAUACCUGAAAUUAAUAUGUCAAUUAUAUUCAAUAAAAAUAAAAAAUAGAAGACUUCCAGCCAAGAUGGAAGCAUAGGUAGAUACACUUUGCCUCCUCUCACAACCAAAAGAAGGACAACAACAAAUUUAAAAACAAAAACAACCAGAACUGCCAGAAAAUCGAACUGCCUGGAACUCCAACAAUGAAGGAGUUAAAGAAGAAACAUUUAUCCAGACUGGUAGGAGAGGCAGAGAUGGGCAGCUGGGGCGGAGUGAAAUGCAGCAAGGCAGCAGCUGGAGGACUGAGCUGGAGAGGUGGUGGCUGGUGGACCUCGUGGUCCCACAUUUGUGUGAGGUUAAACCGGGAGAAACAACUGGGGAGCAAGACAGACCGCAUAACCCAGGGUUCCAACACUGGGAAAUAAAGCUUCAAAGCCUCUGGCUAUAAAAACCUGUGGGAAUUGUGAUGGCGGGAGAGACUCCCAGCCUCACAGGAGAGUUUGUUGGAGAGAUCCACAGGGUCUCAGAAUAUACGCAAGCCCACACACUUGGGAAUCAGCACCAGAAGUGCCCAAUUUGCUUGUGGGAAGUGGGGAAAGUGACUGAAAGCUGGUUGAGAGCCCAACAAAUGGCAUUUUUCCUUUUUGGACUCCUCCCCCACAUGCAACAGGGCAGUGAUGUGGGUUGCCCUGGUGAAUACCUAAGGUUCAGCUCCUUAUUCUGUAACAGGCAUGCUGAGAAAAAAAAUGGCCCAAAUGAAAGAACAGAUCAAAGCUCCAAAAAUAGAGAACUAAGCAAUGAAGAGAUAGGCAACCUAUCAGGUGCAGAGUUCAAAACACUGAUAAUCAGAAUGCUCACACAAAUGGCUGAAUAAUGGUAGCAAAAUAGAGGAAGAAGUGAAGGCUAUGCAAAAUGAAAUAAAGCAAAAUAUACAGGGAACCAACCAUGAAGGGAAGAGAACUUGGACUCAAAUCAAUAAUGUGGAGCAGAAGGAAGAAAUAAACAUUCAACCAGAACAGAAUGAAGAAACAAGAAUUCAAAAAAAUACACAGAGACUUAGGAACCUCCAGGACAUCUUUAAAUGCUCCAACAUCUGAAUUAUAGGGGUACCAGAAGGGGGAAAGGCACAGCCACCAGUGGAACACUUAUUUGAACAAAUAAUAAAGGAGAAUUUCCCCAAUCUGGCAAAGGAAAUAGACUUCGAGGAAGUCCAGGAAGCUCAGAGUCCCAAAGAAGUUGGACCCAAGGAAGCACACACCAAGGCAUAUCAUAACUACAUUACCUGAGAUUAAAGAUAAGCAGAGAAUCUUAAAAGCAUCAAGAGAAAAGGAGACAGUUACUUACAAAGAAGUUCCCAUAAGACUAUCAGCUGACUUCUCAAACCUUAAGGGCAAGAAGUAGCUGGAGAGAAGUAUUCAAAGUCAUGAAAAGCAAGGGCCUAUAUUCAACAUUACUCUGUCCAGAAAAGCUUUCAUCUAGAAUGGAAGGGCAGAUGAAGUGCCUCCCAGUUAAGAUCAAGUUAAAGGAGUUUAUCAUCACCCUUAUUACAUGAAAUGUUUAAACUUAGAUCUAAGAAAAAGUAGAUCAAACUAUGAAUAGUAAAAUGGCAACAAACUGACAACUAUCAACAACUGAACCUAAAACAAAGCAAAAACACACUAAGCAAACAACUAGAAAAGGAACAGAAUCACAGAAAUGGAGAUCACGAAGGUUAUCAUCAGGUAGGGGAGAAGGAAGAAUGGGGGGAAAUGUACAGGGAAUAAGAAGCAUAAAUGAUAGGUACAAAAUAGGGGGAGGUUAAGAAUAAUAUAGGAAAUGGAGAAGCCAAAGAACUUAUAUGUGCAACC